CCACAUCUUUCUAAAUCUAUCAUAAUGGUUGCUCAAGUUCAACAUCCCGCUCCUAAGUUCACUGGUACCGCCGUCGUCGAUGGUGACUUCAAGCAAAUUUCUCUUGACGACUACAAGGGUCAAUACGUUGUCUUCUUCUGGUACCCCAUGGACUUCACCUUUGUCUGUCCCACUGAGAUCAUCGCUUUCUCUGACAGAAUCGCCGAGUUCAAGGCUUUGAACACUGCUGUCAUCGCUGCCUCCACUGACUCCGAGUUCUCUCACUUGGCUUGGGUUAACCAACCUCGCAAGCAAGGUGGUCUCGGUGAGAUGCAAAUUCCUAUCUUGGCCGAUAAGACCAAGAAGAUCGCCAGAGAUUAUGGUGUCCUCAUCGAGGAGGAAGGUAUCGCUCUCCGUGGUCUCUUCAUCAUCGACCCCAAGGGUACUGUUCGUCAAAUUACCAUCAACGAUUUGCCCGUUGGCCGAUCUGUUGACGAGACUCUCCGUCUCGUUGAGGCUUUCCAGUUCACUGAUGUGCACGGUGAGGUCUGCCCUGCUGGCUGGCAAAAGGGUGACAAGACCAUCAAGCCUGACUCCAAGGCUUCUUUGGAAUACUUCGGCUCUGCUUAAACUCUUCAUACAACAUUAACAUUUAGAAUUACAAAGACACUCGAGUCGGUCGUCAUCGUACAAUAGACAACUCAUCAACUUAUACAUCAAUACAACUUUUUUGAAAAAAAGAAAAAAAAAUUAUACGUAAAUGCUUGGUGUCAGUGGUAUGGUAAACAUUGUGGUGGGAGUGAAAACAAAAAAGUAGCGGAGUAGGCGUUCUGAGUAUCACAUUUUGUUAGCCAGCCGCUAUCAAGCGUCUUGCCUAGCGCGAUAGAAGCGAAC